AGCCAUGGAGGUCCCUGUGGGGCUGCCUGGCAGAAGGGAGUCCUCUGCCUUGCCCGCUGCUGCAGCCCUUCCCAGCGAGUCACGACCAACGCCGACAAAAACAGUGCGGAUCGCGGUACUGAAGGCGCAAGACCUGAGAAGCAUCAAAAGCGACGUGUCAGUUACUUUGGUGCGUGCGGAGUACAACGGAGAGAUCUUGGGAGACUCCUCCAGGUCUGACGUCUUGCCAGACGGGACAGCAAACUAUAAUUUCACGACCAGCUUCGAGUGCAGCCCCGACGGGCCCAACUCCUUGGAUGACGUCGCGCGAAAACCUGUGCUCUUGACAGUGAUAGAAGUGUUGCAAAGGGAGAAGAGGCAGAAGGAGAAGACUGUGCCUCUUGGCCAAGCCGUGGUGGACCUUCUACCUCUGCUGCAAGGACAGUGUUCGUUUAAGGUCUCGGCUCCUUUGUAUGCAGUGCCUACCUCUCCUAUAGAGAGCCUUCACCCGGAGGCCAAGGGUGGCCUUGAAGUGACCGUGAGCACCGAAGAGCCUCUGCUUUCUGCCACGCAGCUCUCAGAUGGUAACCUCCUGAGUGUCACGCUGGAGGCAGCUUAUUCCGUCCCCGAAGCGUUUGCUCCCGAUGGGCCCCAACAAAACUACAUGGCUUGCUUGCAAGUACCAGCUGCUGGGGAGAAGGAGUUCCCCUUGCUCUUCAAGAACGGCAUCCUGAAGCUUGCUGGUGAAACAGAACCAUUACCCCGACCCAAAAAAUGGCCCCUUGCUAACAUCACGGCUCCUGGUGCUCUCAGCAUACCCAACUCCUUCAUUGUUGGUGGUCCCUAUGAGGAUGAGGAUGGAGAGCUCAACAAAAGAGAGGACAGGGAGUUUAGGAUCCAAGCAGAAAGCAAGAAGAGAAUCGUAUGGGACAUGGAAGGGCGCUGUUACCUGGAUCCUGCUGCAGUAGUCGUCCUGCAGAAGCGCAUUGCGGAGUGCCGGUACUGGCCCGUGGAGGUUUGCAGGAUGGCUGUGGCCUCACCCAGCAAAGGGAAGACUAGCAAAGCUGACAAGGGAGAUGAGGACAAGCAGAUUUUCUUCCAUGGCGUGGCGUAUGUCAACGUGGUGCCUUUGCUGUGCCCUGGCGUGAAGCAGAUCCGAGGUGCUUUUCCUGUCUUUCCCUACCAAGACAGCGAGGUGUUUGAGAAGACCAAAAGUCAGCACAGUGUUUUCCGGGAUCUCAGGACCCAGCUCGGUCUGACUAAGGAAGGGUCGUGGACCCCAAGAACCAGCACUCCCCUUUCCAGAGCUGUUCCCAGCAAAACUCAGAAGGAAGACAAGGAGAAGAUCGCCAAAGAUAAGGAUUCCAACAGAACGAUGUCCAACGGGCCCAAAAUCCAGUUGUCAGAUGCUGCUGCAGAAGCUGAAAAUGUCACAAGUCUCAGCCUUGAUGGACAGCAAUACGUUGAAGCAGGAACGUUCCUGGUGAUGGAGAUAAAGCUGGACAAGGCCUUGGUACCAAAGCGAUUGCGAGAGGAGCUCACCAGACGGGUCAAGGAGAUGAUUCCUCCUCGCCCUCCGCUGCCUCCCUGGACUGCAGGAGCCAAGAAG